CUCCACCUUUGUCAUUUUCAUUCUGCUACCAGGCAGCGUGGACCGCGUUCUCCUAGGUACUGCGUGCCGUAGCCAAACCACACCCCGAGUCCUAUGACAUCAUACAUAGCCUUGGGCAUAUAAACCAAACGGAAUAGACGUGAAAAAGGGAAGUUGGAAUGGAACGAGAAAAGGAAAAAAUAUAGAUAAGAGAGUAGAUGGGGUCAAGGCAGGUGGGUCGAAAUAAUAGUAGGUGGGAGUAGCUAGAGAGCGUCCUAGAAAAAGGAUAGAGCACAGAGGAACGAGAAGAUAGUCAUCAGGUAGUGACCCCAUGGCAACAGCGCAGGGUAUUUCCUCAUUUUCUCUGCGCUUUUCUCGUUGUGUAAGCGGGCUAGCCGGAUCAAGCUCUGUCCUACAUCAGCGGGCUAGAAUUGGAGACAGCCCCACCCCCGAGGAACCAAACAAUGCUCCCAGCCAUCCGGAAACCUCCAAGGAUCCUACUGGCAAUCCACCGGCUGUUGAUCGCUCCUUGGUGCGAAGGGAUAUCCGUGCAUUUCUGAGGGAGUGCGGCGGGACUCCGGCGGAGGCGCGCUACUGGCUCUCCCAGUUCCAGGAGAUGCACUCCUCUUAUCAGAAGGCUUUUGCAGUUAUAGAGGUCGAUGAGAAUGUGUUUAGCUGCAAGAGGUCUUUGGGUGGUGUGGCGUUUGCAUUGUCCUUCCUCCAGCGCAUGGACAUGAGACCACUGGUGGUGAUGGGUCUGCCAAGCACAUACUGUUCCCGUCCUUCUGUACAAGACACAAAGUCCUUGCUUGUGCACCACAGCCAAAUUCUGGUGGACGCCAUGCAUAAAAACUCUGGCACCGCCUUGCCCUUCUUCAAUGGGGGAUCCAUACUCACUUCCCAUGAACAGGAUGGCAGUUAUGGGUCUGUGUCAGCAGUGGACACCGAGCUGCUCACAUGGUGCCUCAACUCAGGUAAUAUCCCCAUCAUCUGCCCUAUAGGCGAGACUCCUUCAGGACGCUCUGUCCUUCUGGACUCUUUAGACGUGACUGCCAACAUCUCACGCGUUCUGCAACCUCUGAAGAUCAUCUUCCUUAACACAGUGGGUGGCUUGAAGGACCUGAGCGAAAAGGUUGUAGGACACGUGAACUUACCCGCGGAUCUGGAAAUGGUGCGGAAUGUCACCUGGAUGAGUGAGCGCCAGCGGCAGCAGGUGACGGUCAUUGUGGACUUGCUGAACCGCUUACCUUCCUCCUCCUCUGCGGUCAUCACAUCUUCUCGCUCGCUACUAAGCGAACUUUUCAGCAACAACGGGUCCGGCACGCUGUUUAAGAACGCAGAGAGAAUGCUGAGAUUUCACUCCCUUCAGGAUGUGGACACCGAGCGCCUGGUCUCUCUGGUGAACCAUUCCUUCCAGAAGAAGUUGAGGGAAGAUUAUAUCAGUAGCGUGGAGUCACGGCUGAAUUCUGUGUACUUGUCUGAAGGGUACAACGCAGCGGCCAUCAUUACCACCGAACCGGUGCUCGGGGGGAUGCCGUACCUGGACAAGUUCGUGGUCAGUUCUGGAAAGCAAGGCCAGGGUUCUGGGCAGAUGCUGUGGGAAUGCCUCAGGCAGGACAUACAGACACUCUUCUGGAGAUCCAGGGCCACCAACCCUAUCAAUUCAUGGUAUUUUAAGAACAGCGACGGCAGCUUUUCAAACAAGCAGUGGAUCUUCUUUUGGCUCGGCCUUGCAGACAUAAGGGAUUCAUACGAACUGGUGAACCACGCCAAGAGCUUGCCCGAUUCCUUUUGUAAGCCCACCAACUCUUGAGUACCCAAGGACCGACAUUGUGACCCGACUCGCUCUCCUUUUCCAAGGCAGCCAAGCGUGACAUUAAAGACGCGUCCUGACGAGCGACGAAAGGAUCAGCUUUGAAGUGGGUUCCAACCUAAUUCCGGCUUACGUCUAUUCCUCUAUGAAUACAUGUAAAUAUACACCGUGCCACUUUCCUAUGGUGGUGCGAGAGGUCCUAAUGAAUUGCCAGAACUGAUGGAGUAGGAAGGACCGCCUAAGCCAAAUACCAAGAAUAGCCGCAACUUGGCCUGCGGACUCUGUAAUGGAAUAUUUCCCAAGAAGAAUCGUUAAGAAACUAUUCUUGUCAGAGUGUUUUAGCAUAUAAAGCUCAGAAGAAAAGAAAUGGCCUUAACAAGUAGGUUAUAGUGCUGGAGGAGGCAUGAUGGGGAGGAAGCUAGUUUAACCCCUUAAUGACAAAGCCCGUACAUGUACGGGCUCAAAAUGCAUUGUUUUCAAUGGGUUUAGGGACCGUCCAUUGUCCUUAAGGGGUUAAUUAUUAAACGAAUGCAUUAUCAUGACAUCAGGAUAUAUUAUAAGAACAGCACUAUAAGCAGACAUUUACAUUAUACCGAUCAGUGUAAAAUGUUUUACCGGGGACGGUGCUACGUCAAAGUACAUGACGCAUUGGUGAAUCAGAUGCUACUCAUAAGUAAAAGUUUUAUUAUCGGA